AGCCAAUCAUGUUUCAACUUAAGAGUCGAUCGCUGUGUUCUGUAACUAAUGAUGUAAAAUGUGUACUGUAAUCUAUGUGAACAUGUAAUGACAGAGUGAAUUUCUUACAAUGGGACUAUUCUCUUGUACCGUGUAUCUUAGAUUCUUAGCACGUUCCUACGUUAGCAUAGGGUUGCAAUCUUCUGGUAUAUAUAGGUCAGUGGAGUCUGGGAAUAGUCAACUGUGAAGAUUUGAAGAACUGGGCCAGACGUCUGGAUCAUCAUGAAAAUUUUGGUGGCUCUCGUGGUGGCGCUGGUGGUGGCAAGUGUGGGGGCCCAGCAUCUGGCGUGGCCGUACGGUACGGCGAUCUUACCGGCUGGCGCCGUGUCUCCUAUGAUGACUGUGAAAGAGCCUUCUACAGUGGUCGUAAAGUCUGUUGUUGACAACCCGGUGCAGAUGAAGGGUCUGUUCGGAGUGCCCGUGUCCAGCAUCUAUCAGUAUCCCCACGUCGUGCAGGUCGCUAUUCCAUCGCAGGACACCACCCGCGGCAUGCCACAGCCGGUGGAGGACACCCCUGAGGUAAAGAGUGCAAAAGCUCUGUUCGCUAAGGAAUACGAGAGGGCGGCUAUUGCAGCUGCUCUGGCACCAGAAGUGCGCAGGCGCCGUGACAUCUCUUCCGUCAUGUUGAAGGAGACACCAGCCAGCACCACUCAUCUGCGUAGUCCCAUGCAGUACCCGUGGCCCCUGAUUACGUACUCCGCCGACCACUCAUGGUUGUCCGGGCUUCAUGUUCCCAGUCACUUCGCACACACUUCUGGAGUCUACGGGGCUUCCCCUGCUCCGGUCAUUAGCUACUAAGAUCAUUCUUAUCGUGACCUACUCUAUUUUUUGACGAGAAUUUUAGUUUUGUUGUCCCUGUUAUGAGGCGAUAAAUGAGCAGGCUUGUCGCAUUUGUGUCUAUUUUUGGCAGUAAUCAGUCAUUUGGGGUAUUUUGAUGGUUUUGUGUCUUCUAAGAGUUGGUUAUUUCGACAUGUAUGUCGAAAGAGAUUCUCUAUGGGCUAACAGGCGUGGUAUAGGUACACGAAAGUUAAAAAUUUUGUAAUAAAUUUAAGCUUUCACUUUGAAAAAUGCAAAUAAAUUUAUACUGUAUUUGAAUUUCGAGUAAAACAGAAUAGUAUAUCAGAUGGAUAAAUUGCUUUGGACAAGGAACGUUUAUGUGAUGCUAGAAAUGUAUACUAUUCACCAGAGAUUUUUUAAAUUAGCCUAAUCGGUCGAGAAUAACCAGCCGUGUGAAUACAAACAAAGAAACAUACAAAAAUAUAACUGCUAUGGAAAUACCUCAAGUAGGCCUAUGAUCGUAAAUAAAUGUUGAUGAGAUUCGUUUGCUGCAAGGUCUAUUGUAAUAGUCAUAAAUGAAGUUUUCCAACAAUAAGAUGAAUCACAUUCUGUGCUUACCUAAUCAGGGUUUGGUUAAAAUGUGUUAUUUCAACAGAUGGCUGGUGAUUUGAUCACAUAUUUGAAUAAAAUUUAGUUUUGUGAGUGAAUAUUAAUUUUCAGUGAACAUUCCUACGUUUCACAAUUAUUCGGCAUGCUUCAAAUAUCUCCAUUAAAAUAAUUUUUCCCUUAUUAUGUAGGCAGUAUAUGCUGAAAAUAUGUAAAAUUACAAACUGUUUCGUGGUAUUACUUUUGUUAUUAAAGAAAUCAUGAAAGGUCAACAACUAACGUGUUAGUUAGGUUUCAGACUAGAUGGAACCACAGAGCAGAAUAAUUGUUAAGAUAGAGUUGGUCACGGUUUGAUCCGAAAAUCGCCUACCCCUCCCCCAGAAACGCCCUGGUCCUUUCAAACAGAUAAAAUGCUACGUAGUUGGAACCCAGUUUCGUGACUUGUUUGUACCAGUACCUGGUAUCAAAGAGAGUUCAAGGAUUAGUCGUGGCAUUAUGUUAAUUGAGCUGAUUUAAUUAACAACUCACAUUAUACGUCCUGUAGUGGGUAUAGUGAUUAUGCAACAAUAAAUAUUAUAUUUUGCGAUUUAAGAUUUUUAGCAUGGUGUGUAAUCUGUCUAAUUUGUUUACAGAUUGCAUUGGUGAAGG